AUGAGAGAAUAUGGAUGGGAGUCUCUUUUGACUUCAGUGAUCUCCAUUUGUGAUAAAAGAGCUAUCCGUGUUCAUAAUAUGGAUGAAGAGUAUGCUCAUCUGGGAAGAAAAAAACGAGAACUUAAUCAUCGGUUUGACGAAGUAAGUAUGGAUCUUCUUCUUUGUAUAUCUUGUCUAAAUCUUGUCAAUUCCUUCCCUCCUUUUGACAAGUUAAAGUUACUUAGACUUGCUGAAUAUUAUCCUAAUGAGCUUUCAAGUUUUGAUUUGCUCUAUCUUGAGGAUGAACUUGAUAAUUUAAUUCAUGAUAUGCAAAGAGAUGAGAGAAUUGAGGGUUUGAAAUAUAUUGGAGAACUAUGCAAGAAACUUAUUGAGACAACGAAGUAUGAUACAUAUCGUUAUCGUUUUAUCUAUUUGCUUAUAAAGAUGGUGUUGAUUCUUCCUAUGGCAACUGCAACUUUAGAAUGGGAAUUCUAUGCAAUGACUAUUGUAAAGAUUAAGUUGAGUAAUAGUAUGAGAGAUUAA